UCUUGCUCGUCGCCAUUGUCCAAUGGAGAAGGGUGUCAUUCUGUAAUUCUGCGCAAACGAAUAACCAAAGCGAUAUCGAGAAUAGAAUGUUUUAUACUAACAGCCAUAUCUGUCUUAUUUUCUCCAACUCCUCCUUCAAACUGCUAUUUCCCUUGGGCUGGACGCUGUUUUGGCAUUGUAUCUGUCUACUCAACCCAAAAUGCCUCGACCGAAACCUCUUCACUCUUUCUUUUUUAUCUUCGUUCGGAGAGAUUGGCGCCCGUCAUCUCCUCUGUUGAUGCUGAUAUCGUCCCUGAUUCGUACUUUGUUGUCUUCAAGGACGGUGUCCGUGCUCAAGACAAUUCUGCCUGGGUGAACGACCUUCACAGACGCGACUUGUCCAUUAAUGGUGUUUGGGAUAACUUCACCAGCGGUGUCAGACAUGUUUAUGACAUGGGUAGCUUCCAGGGAAUCGCAGGUCGUUUCCGUCCUGAUGUCCUUGAGGAGAUCCGUAAGAAUCCCAAUGUCGAUUAUAUCGAACGCGACCAGAUCGUCUAUACCUCUGGGAUCACCACCCAGACUCGUGCUCCUUGGGGAUUGGCCCGUAUCUCUCACCGCAAGGGUUUGACUUUGGGAACCUUCAACAAGUAUGAGCACAAUCCCCAAGGUGGUGAUGGUAUCACUGUCUUUGUCAUCGAUACUGGUAUCAACACCAAGCACAAGGAAUUUGAGGGCAGAGCCGAGUGGGGUGCUACCAUCCCCGCUGGUGACCCUGACCAGGAUGACAACGGACACGGUACUCACUGCGCUGGAACUAUCGGAAGCAGAGCAUAUGGUGUCUCCAAGAAGGCCAAGGUUGUCGCUGUCAAGGUCUUGCGUUCCAAUGGAUCUGGUACAAUGGCUGAUGUCGUCUCUGGUGUCGAUUUCGCUGUCAAGCGUCAUUUGGAACUCAAGGGCAAGCAAGGUGAAAAGUACAAGGGUUCGGUUGCCAACAUGUCCCUUGGAGGUGGCAAGUCCCGUCCCUUGGAUUCUGCUGUAGCCAACGCUGUUUCUUCGGGUCUCCACUUUGCGGUCGCUGCCGGUAACGACAACCGUAAUGCUUGCGAUUACUCACCUGCAGGUGUUGAGAGUGCUGUCACUGUUGCUGCUUCGACCUUGUCAGACUCACGUGCCUACUUCUCGAACCAUGGUCCCUGUGUCGACAUUUUUGGACCUGGUCUGGAGAUUGAGUCGACCUGGAUUGGCUCUGAGACUGCCAAGCGUACCAUCUCUGGAACAUCGAUGGCUUCACCACACGUCGCUGGCUUGAUUGCCUACUACCUGUCUUUGGCUCCUGAGAGCGGAUCUGCCUUCCACACCGGCCCCUUGACUCCAAAGGAGAUGAAGGCACUCUUGAUUGCCCGUGGUACUCGCGAUAUCUUGACAGAUGUCAAGUCCGAUACCCCCAACAUUCUCAUUUACAACAAUGCUGCUGAGGACAAGGAGAAGUUUUAUGCUUGGUAAAAAAAAAAUAAAUUGUACAUUAUGUGAAACCAAGUCAAGGAAAAACGCCAAUCACCCAAUAGUGUAGUGAUAAAAAAAAAAAAAAAAAAAAAAAAUCGCCAUGAAAGAGAGCUUCCCUUCUCUCUUUUUUUUUUUGCAGUGUAGAAAUUCAGAGGAAUACGAGCCACUUCGCUUUCUUUCUUUUGUAUUGUUUCAUAU